UAACAACCCUUGAAAUCAUUUCCCCCUCUCACUCUUCCCUCUUCUCUUAUCCCUUCAAUUCAUCAUCAAUGGCGAGUCUAAGCUUCAAUUCCACUAGAAUCAAAAACCCUAUCACCACCAAAAUCCCCCCUUCUAAAGUGCAAAUUCACCCACCCCAAAUAAAAACUCCAAAUCUCAGGAAUUUCCCAAUUUGCUUUUCAGUGUCGGGAAGCUCAGUUUCUUCCACGCCAUUGCAGCCUGAAACCGGGAAUUCCGCCUUCGAAGAAGAAGAGCUCAACGACGACCCCACCUCGGAGCUCAGCUACCUCGACCCGGAGACGGAUCCGGAGAGCAUCACAGAGUGGGAGGUGGAUUUCUGCUCUAGGCCGAUCCUCGAUAUUAGGGGGAAAAAGACUUGGGAGCUCGUUGUUUGCGAUGUGUCGCUUUCGCUGCAGUAUACAAAGUAUUUUCCUAACAAUGUUAUCAACAGUGUCACUCUUAAGAAUGCUAUCGUCUCCAUCUGUGAUGAAUUGGGCUUGCCUUUGCCAGAAAAAAUUAAAUUUUUUAGGUCACAGAUGCAGACAAUUAUUACGAGAGCUUGCAGUGAGCUUGGUAUAAAACCUAUUCCGAGUAAACGGUGUUUGUCUCUGGUUCUGUGGCUCGAAGAGCGUUACGAAACUGUAUACACACGACAUCCCGGUUUCCAGAAGGGAUCAAAGCCACUUCUUGCACUCGAUAAUCCUUUCCCUAUGGAACUUCCAGAAAGUUUAUAUGGAGAAAAAUGGGCAUUUGUUCAGUUGCCCUUUUCAGCUGUCCAAGAAGAGGCCUCAUCUUUGGAGACAAGAUUUGCUUUUGGUGCUACCUUAGAUUUGGAUCUUCUGGGGAUUGAAGUUGGUGAGGAAACACUAAUUCCUGGACUCGCGGUUGCAUCAUCUCGAGCUAAACCAUUAGCAGCAUGGAUGAACGGGUUAGAGGUGUGCUCGGUUGAAGCUGACACGAGUCGAGCUUCUGUGGUGCUGUCCGUUGGGAUCUCAACUCGGUACGUGUAUGCCACAUACAAGAAGACACCGGUGACUACGAGUGAAGCUGAAGCUUGGGAAGCAGCCAAGAAGGCCUGUGGAGGAUUGCACUUUCUUGCCAUUCAAGAGGACUUGGACUCGGACGACUGUGUCGGCUUCUGGCUCUUGUUGGACCUCCCACCUCCGCCAGUAUGAUUACUGUUGUCUUGCUUCCCACUUUGAAUGUAUCUUCUUCAUCUCAGAUCAUAUAAUCAGAUGCCGCUGCUUUGAGGCUUGGGAGAUACUAAUAUUGAUUCUUAUUGCAUCUACAUAUUCUUCUUCUUGAUUUCA